AACUGAGAGCUAUGCUGAGCGCAUGAGGGUAACUGGAAAGCAAAUGUAUUGAGCGAAUUCAGAGGCAGAGCAUAGACCACUGUGUGUGCGUGGACUGAGACACACUCGGGAAGCUGUUUGUUGGAAAGUUGGAGUUGUGACGGCGCUUGGGUUGGCAGACUUGAGGUGAUUUUGGCACACCUAUCACCUGGCUGAUUACUGUGAGUGAACUGCUAGAGGAGGCAUGGACGUGGACCUGGAGGGGAUUAUCCAGUGCAUCAAGCAGGGGGAUGAGAAAGGUGUUCAGACACAGCUACAGGAGUUCAACAAGGAGUUUGCCCAGUGCUUCUUCUUUGAUGCCGAGGAGAGGGACCGAAGGAAACAAAGGAAGCUAGAAGAGUUCAAGAAGAAUAAAGUGAGAGACUACACUGAUUCUGACUCUGAAUGUGACGAGUACGACCUGGAGGAUCGAGGCCUCGUCCUCAGACAGAAUUUAGCUCUUGUCCUCUUGAGGUUCAUAAGAACAGGAGUCAAAUGUCGUCUGUUGAGAGUAUCUCUACGCACCCUGAGAAUCCUCUCCAGAGACAAAAAGGUCCUGGGCCCUCUGGUGACAGACAGCGCUCUCCUGACUGUGGCCAAACUAGCCGGGCUGACCACAUGCGAUGCAACUGACGAAACCAGUGACCCUGACUCUGAUUUCUACGACAACAUCAUCGCCUCUCUCACCGAGGCCAAACUGUUGCAGUGUCGCGCUGACGAAGACGAAGAUGACGUUGAAGCCGUCUACCAAAACGAAGAGUGUGCCGCCUUUGAUGACGACGCCAAGAGUGACAUCAGCAUCACCAACAGCGGAGAUCUAGACAGCAUCAGCUGGUUCGGGAGCCACAGGGCCAGCAUCAAUGAAAUGCACAGAGGCAGCAUCCAUCACAAGGUGCUGGAACGAGGGAGGAGGGACCGCCGAGAGAGCAAGAUGGAGGGGGAGGAAGAGGAGGAGGAGGGAGAUUCAGGAGAGGAGGCACAGAGAAAAGAGGCCUUGAAGGUGUUGUGUAAUUUGGUGUACAACAGCACCUGGGCACAGGAGAGGUUCAGUGCUCUCAGGCUCAUGUGUGGUCUCAUUGAGCGUCUGUCCUCCAGUAUCAGCUGCUCAUCUCCCUCCAGUGUUCAGUUCUAUGAACUACGCCUCAUGUUCCUCAUUACUGCGCUACGGCCGGAGCUUAGGACUCAGCUUCAACAGGAGGGAGGUGUGUCCCUCCUCACUGCAGCUCUGGAGAACUGCUUGGACGUUCAGUGGAAGGACCAGUAUGAGUGUGUGCUGGCACCAGAAAGGCCACCCAUCUCACUGGAAGCUUCUCAGCGUAUCACAGAGAUCCUCAAAAUCCUCUUCAACAUCACCUACAGCAGCCACAGGCAGGAGCCAAGCGAGGAUAAUGCAGCUCUCUACCGACACCUGGUGGCACUCCUGCGUCUCUGCCUGAUGAGGAAGUGUCUGCUUUCAGAUGACACUGAUGAACUGCAGGGUCACACAGUCAACCUGCUGUCAGCGCUGCCUCUGCAGUGUCUGGAUGUGCUGCUGAUGGUGCCUCUGGAGCCAGGCUCGCAGCAGUGCCAGGGGGUCAACAUGGACUGCGUCCACACCCUGGUGCUGUUCAUGGAGAGACGCCUGGAGUCGGGUGAUAAGAUCAAAGAGAAGCUGACACCAAUCCUCAAUCUGCUGACAGAGAGCUGCAGGGCGCACCGAGAAACUCGCCAGUACAUCAGGAAACAUAUCCUGCCUCCUCUGAGAGAUGUGUCACACAGGCCAGAGGAAGGCUCCACGGUGAAGAGCCGCCUGAUCCGUCUCAUGACUCAUCUGGAUACAGACGUCAAACACUGCGCAGCUGACCUCAUCUUUGUCCUCUGCAAGGAAAAUGUGAGUCGCUUUGUCAAGUACACGGGCUACGGCAACGCAGCGGGUCUGCUGGCCACCAGGGGUUUGCUGGGUGGCCAGGGGCCCAGGACCCUCAGCUCUGACGGCCAGUACUCCAGCGACUCUGACUCGGACACAGAGGAGUACAGGCAGGUCAAAGAUCGCAUCAACCCGGUGACGGGGCGGGUGGAGGCAGAGCAGCCAGACCCCAUGGAGGGCAUGACAGAGGAGGAGAAGGAGGAGGAGGCCAAGAGGCUGAUCAUGCUCUUCAACAAGCUGUCCAGAGGUAACAUAAUCCAGCCGAUGGGAGUGGAUUCAGAAGGGAAGCUGAUCCCGAUGUCAGGACUGAGGGAAAACUCCCUCACUGAGGAGAGGGAGUCUGGGUCAGAGAAUGACGGAGAAGCAGAGGAAGGCGAGAAGAACUGAACCACGCCACAAUCAUUCAAGCCGCUGAUUGAUUUCCUUUUGUAAAUAGCACCUGUUCCAGAUCACAUACCUUUUCUUUUUACUUCAAAUUUCAUGCUAUGGACUCCGGCAGAUGUAAAAGCAUGAGGGUCAAAGUUCAAGACACACUGUUAUGACGAGGUAGCAUGUCCCAAUUCUAAGCAUACUGCCUACAGUUACUCUGUAAGGGCAGCUGCAGGAUGUACCAAAAGUAAAAAAAAGUUUGCAAUUUGGAACGCAGCCGUAGUUCUCACCCAGCCAACCGUUUCAAAACUGAAACCGAAACUCAAGAAAGGAUAUAAACAGCAAGUAUUUACAUUUCUUCUUUGGGUUCAGACUAAACAUAUUUAGCAGCAAUGAGCUAACGCUGGUUUGAAUUAACAAUGAACUUCUGAAUCUGUAGUAGAUCCCAAGAAGGAGCUGGUUUCAUGGUCAUGACGUGAUGACAUCCUCCAGUAUUUUAUAAAGUCUUGAUAUCUAAUUGUUUGUACUGAUAUUAUGUGAAUUUCAAUGUAUAGUCCCAUUUAGUCUCUCUUCUAAAGAGUUGCUUCAGAGUGAUUCAGGAUAGGCUAAUAUCUGAUACACUAGAAGAAGAUGAAAUAAACAUCUG